AUGCCAGCCAAUAAUUACCAUUGGGAUACUAGGAACUCGAUCGUCACCAGAAACCCAUGGUUAGCUGAAGACAAUAAGAGACAGACAAACGGAAAUAAUAGUCUACAACCAGGACAAAAAAGAAUCAGUGUACCGUCUGGCCAAAGGAAUUGGUCAAAAGAUAACCAACUGACCAACCUCAAUACCGAAAUGAUAUUGAUUGACUUUCAGGAAAUGGGAGGGGGCACAAAUAAAUGUUUAGAAGGAAUAACAGUUCCAAACGGAAGGAACAGCAGGAAAGAAUCCAAAAUAAGGGUGAGAGAAUUUUGGACUGAAUUUGACGAAUACGUGAAAUUAUGGCUUGACGAUUACUUCCACCGAAGUUCCCAACGACGAAUGAUUCCGGAAUCACAACUCGAAAAGACUUGUGGACGGUUGAAUCCAAGUACGGCAGAAACUUUUACCGUCCCGUCCAAGAAAACCAAACAAGAAGAACGUUUACAUAGAGAAAAUGAGUCCCCAGCAGCAAUUGCCAAGGAUUCAUUUUCAAUAUGGGAACCUGGAGGAGUUCCAGCAACGAUUGCCAAAGACUCGACCCAGUUUAACGUUGACAAUUGUCUAUCCUACUCCUCUCGACCAAAUCAACAAUCCUUCGACUUGAUAAUAAACCAUCCCGCGAUCAUUCACCUCCUUAAUUCACCAAAUCUAAACGGACACCUUGCUCGAUGA